CGACGAGAACGCUCACAACGAUGUCCGGGACCACGCGCCCGCUCUCGCCCUCGACGCCCGACGCCCAACCCGCGGAGAAAAAGCAGCGCAUCGAGCCGCCCUCUUCCCAGACUCAAGCUGGACCGUCCACAUCCUCUCUGCCCGCUGCAUCGACCUCUCAUGUCGCUUCGCAAUCCGGUGGAGCGCAAACGACCAAGGAUGGGGCAGGCGAGAAGCUGAAGGCGAAGAAGCAGCCCAAGAAGGGGAAGAAGAACAAGAAGCAAAAACACCGCCUGCCCGAGCCGUACUCCCCCGAGGACGUGCUCUUCCACGAUGUGCGCGCGCUGCUCGGUACAGAGGCGGUGGACAAGGCGCUGGCGGAGGGGACGGAGUGGAACGCGCCGUUUGCGUUCAAGGAGGAGGUCGAGGUCGAGGUGAAGGCACUGGGGCAUAACGGUGAAGGAAUCGCUGUUGCUCCCGCUCCGCAUCCACCAUGGGCCAUCACGAUACCGUUCUGCCUCCCCGGCGAGCGCAUACGGGCGCGCAUAUACAGGAGCGGGCGGCUCAUCUCACACGCCGACCUCGUCGAGGUGCUCGUACCGAACAAAGAGAUGCGCAACGAUGAGCUCGUCAGGUGCAGGUACUUCGGGAAGUGCUCGGGGUGUCAGUUUCAGAUGCUCCCGUAUCCCACCCAACUCAGCGUCAAACAGUCCGUCAUCGUCCGCGCAUACGACCAUUUCUCUGGCCUGCGUGCCGACCAGAUCCCUAGCAUAGGCGCGACGAUUCCGUCUCCGGAGCAAUACGCUUACCGCACAAAAAUAACGCCUCAUUUUGAGGUGCCACGGCGGAAAGCCAAGAAGGCGAACGGGACGACCAAAGGCGCCGGCGCGGAUGCGAACCCCGCAGACCAACCUCGGACCGUAGACGGGGAAGUUGAAGAUGUGGCUAUGGGCGCGGAUGGGGAGGGUGACGUCGUCGCUGUGGAUAUUGGCCACAAUCAGAGCAUGGACGCGGUGCCGCCCACGAAGCUGGAUUGGUUGACGAUAGGGUUCAAUGAGAUUGGCCGGAGGACUGUCAUGGACAUCGAGGCGAGCAUCGUAACACCCAUCAUGUCUGUCGCGAUACUGACGUUCGCUCAGGAGUGCCCAAUAGCUACGCCAGUUCUCAACGAUGCAAUCCGGCCCAUCAGAGACAACAUCGUCAGAACCAUUGACACCUACAAAAGAGGCGCAUCGCUCCUCCUCCGCGACUCCAUCGUCAACUUCGUGCCUCCACCGCCGGGAUCAGCAACCAAAAGCUCACCAUCCUCCGAACGUUCCCCAUCCCCACCACUCGACCCCGCAGACCUUGCCUCGUACGCUCCCGACGCCGCGGAAGAGCACACGUGCGAGACACAGCCCAAGGCCACGAUCCGCACGCGCGUCGGGCCGCGCGUGUUCGAGUUCCCCGGGCAUGCGUUCUUCCAGAACAACAGCGCGGUGCUGCCGCCGCUCGUCAAGUACGUGCGCGAGGCUGUCUUUGGGCCCGUCGGAGAAUCCUCUGCUACCACAGCCGGGGCUGCGACGGCGAUCUCGGGGCAGAGCCUGAAGCCGACGCACCUCGUCGACACGUACUGCGGCUCCGGGUUAUUUGCUAUCACGCUCGCGCCGCUGUUUGAGCGGGUUGCUGGGAUCGAGCUCAGUGCGCCGGCGAUCGAGGCUGCGACGCGUAAUGCGGAGCUGAACUACCCUGGUUCGACUACCUCUCCCAAAGUCAAAGCGGACGACGCUCAAACGGUAGGAAGAGGAGAGGGCAAGGGCGCAGCGGAGCCGCACAUUUCGUUCCUCCCGGGCACGGCGUCGACGAUCUUCGCGACCGUGCAGUCCUUCCCGCGCGCGCGGACCGCGGUGGUCGUCGAUCCGCCGCGGAAAGGGUGCGACGACCGGUUCUUGCAGCAACUUGUGGGAUUUGGGGCGGGUACGGUGGUGUAUGUGAGCUGCAAUGUGGUUACGCAGGCGCGGGAUUUGGGGUGGGUUCUUGGGCGGGAUGUGGAGAUGCGGGGUGGAGAGAAGGGUGGAAACGGAGAAGGCGAAGGCGAAGGUGCAGGGAAUUUGAAAGGGCGGUAUGUGCUGGAGAGCGUGCGGGGGAUCGAUCUGUUCCCGCAGACGGCGCAUGUGGAGAGCGUUGCGGUGUUGAGGCUUGUGCCUGUGGCGGAUGUGUAGGUGCUGGUCUAAACUAUGAGGUAUGGG